CAUUGGCCACUGGAGAUGGCGUUACUAGUUGAAAGGUAGUGUAAACAAUGUCGGAAUCGGAAUUCAACAGUUUUCAGUUUUUUAAGUCAUUUUCAAAUUUUCCAGUUUUCCUGCAGAUUGGCUGCAUUGCUUUCUCUUGGGUAUUCCUUUUCUUCACAGUAGACGCGUGGUUUUCACCGUUCUACUUUACUGGUUAUCAACUUAUCUCUUACAUUUUUAGUGUUUUGGUUUUAGCGUCAGUGCUCGCCCACCAGUCUAUUUACAGACUUAUCAAGUCAUCUAGCCUUUGGGAUUGUUUUAAAUCCGAAAAUUCCGCGCUCCAUUCUUGUGAGCUGUCGAUUAAAGAUGUAUGUGAUUAUGAACUCAAUAGUCUAGCUAAGAAUGCAGCAGAAUCUGUGAUCAACUACUGGUGUGACAACUCAAACAACAAUGAAGAGUUUGCCAAAGAAAUCCACAGUCAAAUUGAAGAUAUUUUUUUCUCUCUAUCUCAAAAGCUUUCAAAAAUCAAAGUUGAAUAUUUCAUCAAGAAUAUAGUCUUGAUAGUGCACAACCAUCUCAGAAGCUACAAAAAGACAGUCAAUUUCUGUAACAAUGUACAUGGAUCACAUUCAAAAUUUUCUUUCAACCAUCCGGUUUCAAGGGGAGAAAUUUCCCUUGAACUGUAUCUUGAUAGUCUCUCCCAUGCCGUCAUGAAAGAAUUUAUUCCAGGCUCUAUUCAAGACUGCUCGGCUGUAUUUGAUUUCUGUUGUGCUGCUUUCUGCAGCCACAUUUUAGUUAAAUUGGUGGAUCAUCUCAGCAGUCCUGGCCUAGUCCUGCAAGCACUUGUUCAAAUUUUAGAAUCAGCACAGGAAAAUACUACUAGACACGAGUCCACUGAUUCAGAUUCUUUUGGAACAUGUGAAAACAGUAUCCAAGAAAUACCCAACAUUUCAGAGUCAACGGAAGAUCCGUUGUCAGGGUCCAGUCCACAAAUGCAAAGAAAUGAAGAAGAAACAGGAAACAUCGAUAACUCUGAAAAUCCAUUCCGUUCUUCGAGGAAAUCAGCAAGUCCUGUCUUGGCUGGUAGCAAUCUAUUGUGCAAUAGUUUGACAUCGUCCACUCACCAGGUUUCCAAGUCCUCGUGGGUCCAAUCGGGCUUGUCCAACUCUCUCUCUACAGCUACAGCCCCUGUGCUUCCGUCACGAUUUGUUCGAUCAAGAGAAGAUGAAGAAGAAGAUAGAAAGAAGAUGUGCAAACCUAGCAGCUUACCGCUGAUCGGCACCACAGGAGAUAAUGGAGAUGUUAUUGGAAGUCUCGAUUCAGAACCAAUGGGAGCCUUCUCGGUCGAUGCAGACGUCUCACCAGUUUACGAGGACGUGGAAGAUUUUGCUACAGCGAUUGCCAAACUGCGCUCGUUGUUGGAACAACGAGUAUCCAGCAAUGGGCUAGAUGUCCCUUGUGGUAAAAAUAACGUCCUGAGUCCAACAAGCGACGCUAGGGCCUACACUUCCGGCGUAGAGACUGACAACAAUUAUGAAGAAUUAACGGAAGCGUCCGAACUACCCAACGACAGCCGAAUUUUUUUCAACGUAAAAAUCCCGAAGACGGAGAUUUCUACUAUUCCGGGAGAAGGCCAGCAUUCAUUCUACUGCAUUGUCUAUGAUGGAAUUUACACAGCCAUCAGCGCAAGUUUGGCCAGCAACAUGGAUGAUAGCCAGAAAAAUACGCGCUUGGUACUUAAAUGUCGCAAUGUGCGCCGACGGUUUCGUCAGUUUAUGGAGUUGCACGCACAGUUAGAAGGAUCAGAGGAUCUCUCGAUUUCUCAAGCCGUUCGGUCAAUUCGUGGACCCAGCAAGUGGCUUAACUUGCCUUUUAGCCGGUUAGAUCAAAAUACGGUAGCUCACCGGCAGAUAUUUCUUGAACGGUACAUGCAGCAGUUGUGCAAUUCUCCAAUCAUUGGCAUGUCGGGAGAGCUGCGUAAUUUUUUGGAUUACGAACUACAUUUAAACGAAAUCACCGUACCUCCUUCGAAUCCCACACUUCAACGCGUUCCUUUUUUUGCCAAAACAGUAUCGGAUGUGCUGCAAAGCAUUAAAACAGCUUUACCCCUGCCUAUUCCUCUUUUUGAUAAUGAUCAAAGUCGCCGAAUGCAAUUACUACCAUUACCUCUACCAGCAUCACCAUUGACAGCGCCCUUUGAGCCCCCCGCCACCGAACGUGAAGAAAAAUCUAGUCAAUCGACGUCUUCGAUUGAUGAAGCUGACGGAAUUCCUGUUACGUGCCGUAUUACGUAUUCUAGCGAAGAGAGUAGGCUCGAAAUGCUCAUGACCAAUUGGAAUCACAUGGACUGUCGAAUUGAAUCGGCGUAUGAAGCCUUUGAAUCACAUUUAUGGCGCAGUGAAUUAAACAUUCAACUUAGUCAAGAAUCUGCAGUUACGGAUGCCAAAUUACAACCAAACUUGGAAACUACGACGAAAUUUUUUGACGAACCAGUAAAAGUCGGUUGGAACAGGUUUGACGACCAACUGCCAUUAUCAAGCAGCGUAAUCAAUUUACUUGUCGAAUGUUUGAACUUACGAGAUACAUGGUUAACAAAAGCACCAGUUCCGCUGGCCCUUAAAAUCGUCAUUGGAAAGCAAAUUGAAAGUUUCUUUCAGGAAUCACUGUUGCAAUUUUCUAAUCCAAAUGUGCUGGCCGACAACCUCCGUUCGCUGCGUCAAACAUUUUUCGUCGACGAUUUGGAUGUCACUUUGUCAGAAGAAAAGGAUGUGAAUCAGCUGGCCCAGGAAGUGGUCCAUUUAUUGAAUAAACAAUUGCAUGGAUUACUUGUCAAAAUUGUUGGUGAGGAUCUCUGCACUGACGUCUUAAAAACUACCAUUUCAUGCUUAACGGACCCUCUACUUAAUCGCGACCUCGCUUUAACAUUACUCGAUUUCGUCUUUUUGCAAAUUUGUUCCACUCCGUCGUUGAACGAUCGAUUUAGUGUUUCUAUUUGAAGUUCCCCCUCAUCUGGUCAAACGUUUUCCUUUUUAUUGUGAAACGAUAAAGGUCCCCCCGCGCAACGGUGGUUUAUAUUCAUCGCUCACAUUCAGGGUUCUAUUUGAUUUACUACAAAAGACUGAAAAGCCCACAUAUGCUUUUCAAUUCCUAUCUAGCCAGAAAUUAAGUUUAUUAAAAUAAUUCCGGGUUUACUUUAUACUUGUUGUUUCUAUGUGCCAUAAUUUCCUCUCUCGAUGAGAGUGAAUUUGUUGCUUAUUUACGUUGGGUUUAAAAAUCCCUGCCAUCGAUCCAGUACUCAUUAUAUGAUAUAUUCAAGUACUAACUUGUGCUUUCCUACAUUUGUUGUUGUUAAAAGCCUGUUUACUCAAUUUCUUAAAUUACACUCAAUGUUUCGAAACGUU